CAAAAAGAUCGUGAUUCAUACUGAUUGAUCAAAUCUAUAACGUUUGCUCUCAAUCGAUGAAGUUUUAAAUGGCCCUUAAGGUGAAGUUUAACGUACAUAGAGUUCGAUUUGUGGAGUAUGUACCUCAGGCAAUUCACUGCAUGGCAUUUGAAGACACUGAUAAGCCAUGUAGACUUGCUUUAUCAAGGUAAAUAUCAAGGUUGUUACUCCACGUGGUUUGUGAACAUGUCACAUAGUUUAAUGCAACCAAUCGUGGCUUCUGUUGGCGGUGCGUAAAGUAUUUUUACAAUUUACUCUUGCUUUGUUAUGGAUAGUAUAGAGGUGUAGUAAGGAUUUUCAUGCGUCAAUUUACUAACUUUUGUUAAAAUCCUGAAAAUGUAGAGAUAACAGGGAAAAUCCCUGGGAUAAUCGAGGCCCAUUUAACAGGGGCUUGUGCGUUUUGGUUGAUUUUUUACCAUAUGUGUUGUUUAAUAAACAGUAUGAACCUUGUUGUUGUGGGUCUGUUCACUAACAGAUCACAGAUGAUGUCAAAGGAGGAGCAGCUGAGUGUUCCACUUGUGUUCUUACCACAAUUUGUGAUUUAUUGCUGAAAAGAUACACAACAACUUGGAACUUAUGUUUCAUAUAUAAUAAGAAGAUAAAUGUUGUUAAUAAUAAGGUUAUCUAUCUACCUGAAUCCUCCAAUUGAAGAACCAGUCAAAAUACUUAUAAAAUUCAGCUUAUUGGAAAAUUAUGGUGUCAGAAGAUAUUAUGUACCCUUAUCACAGAGGGAAUUUCAGAGAAAACCUCUAUGUCCCACCACCUUAAAGUUUUCAUUUCCUCAAAUACGUUGUAAAACAUAACCCUCCAAGAACAUUUUGCAUCCCCUUUCUGUAUCUAAAUGCUCCAAAAAUUAGGUUCCUAUCUCAUAUGACUGAGAUGGGUCAGUCACAGUAAAUAUGAUAUGUACUGUUGAAGAAAAACUACAAAACUCGUAUUGAACAUCAACCCUUCAUAACCAGGAGGGUUCAAGACACACUUUAAAUGUAUGUACUAAAUGUAUGUACUUAUCCAUUUAAUUACUUGAGUGGAAACUAAAAAAGUUGGAGACUUUAUUUUUUCUCUUUGUUCUACCAGGGCAGAUAGCAGCAUAGAAAUAUGGAAUUUCAAAGACAAUUGGUACCAAGAAACGGUGUGUUGAAAUGUUUUGUCCGUUUUAUGAAGUUACCAUAUAAAGUAGCUAUUGUGGAAAAUAGCUGUGAUAAUAAGCACAGGUUUAUGGUUUCAGGAUGUUUUGCGGAGUAAAAUUUAAACAAUGAUGUGAUCUUUGUGUGGGAAGAUACAUGUAGUCUUAGAAAAAUUUUGAUUGGAUUUGCCACAGUCUUGGAACAGUAAAAUAGUAUGUGAGGAAGAUUCAAACCAGUAGUUACCAGCUAGGGCUAAUGUGAACUUGUUAAAAGGAAUGCCUAUAUAUGGUUCUUUGGGUUCAUACAGUGUUAGUAUACAAUAUCUUUUCUUUAGUACCUAACUUUAUUAUUAAUGAAAGAGCCUUUGGUGCUGUAUAUGUACUUUGGACUUCAUAAAAUUAGGCACUCUAGACCUAUGAAACAAUAUUUGAUCUACUUGCUGUCAUUUCAUAUAUAAUCUUCAGGUUAUUCCAGGAUGUAAAGAUACCUCAGUGGAAACACUUGAUUGGUCUAAAGGGAGACUGUUCACUGGAGGUCUGCAUGCAGAAAUCACUGAAUGGGAUCUCACCAGCCUGCUUCCAAAGGUAUUGACUUAUGUAUGGUUUUUGGCAUUUUGAAACACCAAAAUUAUGAGGAGAAGGCUUGUGCACGAGAAAAGGAGAGACUGAUAAAAGGAAAUUGAUUGGUAUCUAUCUUGGUUGGUUCUUCAUGUCACCCUCAAAUUAGAUGUAAGAAUUGUUAAGUGCAAGAUUUUGUUUUCAUCCUUUUUGUCUUGAACAGUUUGAUGGAGAAUAUUUAAUCUGUAGACAUGAUUUUCUCUAAACAGCUAUUGUAGCUUGAAUUUUGGAGUGAUUCAGAGAAAAAAAAUCCUUGUUGAUUAAUACUUAAAGUUAAAUAUAUGUAAAUUUGUGUUUGUGGUUAAGUUCUCUUGUGAUUGAAUUUAUGAAUGAUAUGUCUUCCAGAUAACAGUUGAUUCCUUUGGAGGAGCAGUGUGGUGUUUGUCUGUGAAUCAUGCAAAAACACAUAUGGCAGUAAGUUUAGUAUUAAUACUGCGGUCAAAUUUGUAAUGUCCAAUAAAAAACCAUUGUCCACUCCAUGUUAUUUCUUAUCCUGAUUGCUCAUAAUUAGGUUAGAGAAACAUGUGAUCUUGAGAAUUGAGUGAAAAAUGUUCUCCCUUGAGAUUGGAUCUUUAUUGUAAUAAGAAAAUGUUAUGUUGGAGGAUUUUUUUUAAUUUUAUGUAUGCAGUCUUGCUGAUGGACUUUAGUUGACACAAAAUUAUUAAUAAAAGAAAUUUGUCAUUGUCAACUGACAGGUUGGCUGUGAAGAUGGUCGAGUGAGACUGUUUGAAAUCACUGCUGAUGGUUUGAAUUACAGCAAAUCCCUGGAUCAACAAGAUGGUAAAAGGCUUAUUUAGGAUAAAAACAUAACCUGGAAUGAUUUGUAACUAGAAUCUAGUUUGUAAGAAGACUAUUCCUGGCCUUUGUUAGUAAUCAACACUUCACUCUUGGUUUAUUGUGAUGUUGUUUACUACAGGUGUGACUCUUUCCAGGAGCUUGCUAGUUAUUUUAUUCAUUUGCUAUAUAAUUAUUAUCUUUCAAAUUAUUUGUGAUAUAGUAUUCUAUACCUGAAUGGUUUGAUCCAUAACCCCUGCUAUCAGUCAAUUCAAAAUAUCAAAAUAACAUUGUAUUAUUGUGCAAGGAGUUUUCAUUAUACUUGUUAGUAAGAAAAGUUAGUCCUCUAACUUUUAUGCAUUCCAUAUCAUACAGUGUAGCUAUGAAAACUCACUGCAUGUACAGCCAUCUCCUGAAAAUGAACAAUUAUUAGACUGAUUUUCACAUGUUAAUGAAAAUUGUCAAGAUUUGAGUCAGUUGUCUACCAAAGGUGAAGGCUAAAAUAGAUUAGGCAAACCAAGACCCUAAUAAUUUUCAUUAUUACACUAAAAUCAAAUUCAAUGGUUGUUGAAUUAUAAUGCUUGAAAUCUAUUAGUUGUGGGUAUAAUGGAAAUAAAAAAAAAAAAGCAGUGCAUGCCAGAAAUGUAAUACUGUAUGAGUCAGAGUUAGCCACAUUCAUGUUUGAUGUAUUUGUUUCAUGACAAAGGACAUCUUUUUCUUCAUGUUUUAGGCAGGGUGCUGUGUCUUAGUUGGCAUCUGAGUGAUAAUACCCUUGUUACAGGAGCUUCUGAUAGUACAGUAAGAUUGUACAAUGUAACAUCAGGUAUGCAUCUGCUUAUGUUACCAAUUACCAAGUUAUUUAUUUGAGGUACUUCUUCAGAAGAUUGUAGUGACAACAUGGACAGGUUUGAUGGAUGUCUCAUCUCUCUCUCGGUCCCUAAUUUUGUAGGUCACUGCACUUUGAGGAUAACAGUAGAUGAAUUUCAAUCCAGAAGCACUCUCAUAUGGGCCAUACAUAUGACAAGGUAUAGUUUGCACCAUUGUACAAAUCAGCAACCAACUAAGAGGAAUGACACCUUAGAAUCAUAUUUUAUCAUGGAUUUGCCAUUGGGUUGGACAGGUUGUGAAUAACAAUCCUUAGGCAUUACAUUUGGUUCAUUAUUGUCCAAAGGCUGUUUAAUGAGACUGUAUCAUUAUAGAUGUAUUCAAGAUCCAUCAUUAAAGAAAAUUAAAUUGUCAAGAUUUGUAUUGUAUAAAAAGGUCACAUUUUGAUUACAAUUAAUUCAUUUGGGAAUAAUUUUGGAAAUAGGACCUCUUACCAUAGCUUGAAUGACUGAGAGUGCAUCUAUUUUGGAAAUGUUUGCCAAAUGACAUCAUUAGUGAAAAGAUAUCUGCCAGCCCUUGAUUUUGGCAGUCUUACUGGGUACCACUGGCUUCCAUCAAUAACCUACUGAGUGCCUAAUUUAAGGAAGUGGAAAUAGCAUUACUGACCACAUUGUGUUUUAGGACUCACUUUUUUAAGUAAGUGGUUUUUAAUGUGACAUAACUGUGUCUGCUUUCCUUUCAGAAAUUUUGUGAUAAUUACAGGAGACUCUCUGGGAAAUACUCAAUUUUGGGAUGGCCAGAGAGGAACACUAAUUCAGGUACAUAUUGUGCAAACCAGAUUUUUACAGGACCAAUAAAGUUAUUCAGAUAUUAAGUGCUCACCCUGAAUUAAGUGGUUGAUUUUCAAAGUCCAUUUAGUGGUCAAUUGUGGCACAAAAUGGUGUUUUUAUCAUUACUUUGUAACACCCCUAUGUUGGAAACUGUAGUAAUUGAUCAACCUGUAUUAAACAAUCACCUUGCUGUUCCCCUUGGGUGACGGCUAAAUUCAGGUUCAACUGUAGGUUGUAUUAUUAAAGUGAUAAAAAUGUUUAUAUUAAGUGCUUCUCAACAUUUUCUUUGCAGAGUUUCAAAGCUCAUCUGGCUGAUGUACUCACUGUUUGUGUAAAUAAGGUUCGUAGAUACAACAAAGCCAGUAUACUAUUAUUGUUAUUAUUACCAUUAUCAUUAUUAUUAUUAUUAUGGUUAUCAUUAUUUUUGGAAGUUUUUUUUGUUGAUAGAAGAUUUCUUCCCAUUUUGAAUUUACCAAAAACAAUUUCUUUCUAUCCAGUUUUCCUGUGAUGCAUUUUUGUGUACUUUCUCUGUGCAUAUAACCAAUAAAAGGCAUACAUUUUUCAGGAGGAGAACAUGGUUUUUAGUGGAGGUAUUGACAGUAAGAUUGUUCAGUUUCAACAAAUUACAAACAAGGUACAGUGUCUAUUUGUUAUUGAUGUGUCUUACAAUAGUCAAGUCCAGUCAAAUAUAUCUAUUGAUAAGUGUAUUACUUAAAAAUUGUAUUUGUAAUUUGUUCUUGAGAUCAAUUUGAAAUCUGUAUUCCAGCAUGCAGAACAAUUGAGGGAUAUGUCAAAUUUUGUUAAAACAAGGUUGUUUCCUGGCAUUUGGGGUGCCCUUCUCUAGAUCAAAGUCUGAAAUACACUGUAGAGUAUGUUCCCAAUACAUAAAUUUCAUAAAUAUGCAAGGCCAUGUGACCCUCAAUCAGCCAAUAUUAAUGAAGCUAGAACACAGAAAACUGUAGAUAUGCAAAAAAUAUUUGUAAUAAAUGAGGUUUGUUUUUCACUUAAAACUGACAGGAUGGUGUUUUAAACUGGGUGAAAGCUGCUUCUCAGCGUAUGUUUUCGCAGGACGUCCGUUGCCUUGUUACACUGGGUGGAAUUCAUGACCUGUUGGUGUCUGGAGGUGUGCAUCUAACUAUUAAUAGUAUGAUAUACAACAUUUAGUUUGCCUUCAGAAAUCAAAUAUUUUUAAUGAACAAUGAGAUGAGAUUUACUGUAGAAUACAAAUUGAUAUACAAUGUGGUUAAUAGUGGUUGAUUUAGGUAUCUUCUUUUAUAUUUAGGAUUGGACCCAAGCUUUUUUCUUUAUUCCACCAAAGAGUUUGGCAGAUCAAGCUAUGGCAAAGUUGCACCGUUCCCACAUGUAAGUAUGAGUGGGUGAUCAAGCAAUCCUCCUUUGAGACAAUCUUUAAAAUGACUCAUUCAGGCCAAUUAGAUUUGUAGACAUUGAUGUUGCGGUUUCUUUUUUUACAUUGUGGUUACCCUAUAGAGGCCUGUGGUUUACUUGGCAUCGGAAGCAAAUAUUCUGAUGUAUCAAACAGCAAGUACUCUACAGUUCUGGAGACUUCAAGAAUUGGGUACAAUACUGUGAUUAUUAUUGAUAGUCUAAUGAUUGUGUGAUCCCUUGAUAAAUUGUAUUUUAUUUUAUUACUACAAUCAUUAACAUUUUGAAAAUGUCCAUGUUUCUGUUUCUGUGUCAUAACAUUAGUCUCACAUGCUUUGAAACACAUAAGUCUCCUUCAGGAGCAGUAACUUUUGGUGCAUAUAGUGUAUGUUAUCUCCCCAUUCACUUAUGUCAAUGUUAUUUGUAUCUGUAGCACUUGGCUAUUUAGAGAAGAGUAAGAAGCAAAGAGGUUGAGGACCACAUUUUUGUUGUUUGUGUUUCAGAUACAGUAGGUCAAACAACCAUUGCACUUCAGAAGACUCCUGCACAGUUGCUAGAAAUAAGGAAGAAAGUAAGCAGUAAAUAAAUCAACAAAUAAAUAAAUAUGAUUAAUUUUACAUUUAAGUGGGACAUCAGAGCAAGAGGGAGGAUGUGAAACUUUUCAUUAAAGCUUAUUUGGAAAAUUAAUAAUGAUGAAAGGUUUGGUGUAGCAUGCUGUAUAUGUUAUUGACAUGUCAUGUUAUUGGUACAUAUCAGGGUGAUCAUCAUAUUGUGUGCAGUGCUGUGUCCACAUGUGCCUCUUGGGCAGCAUUUUCUGAUGUUUACCAUAUCAGUUUGUUCAAGCUGAAUUUGGUGAGUAAAAUUUUUGUUUUAGUAUUACGUGGUGUUUGUCAGUGUAUGUUCAUCUGUUACUUAGUGCUCAUGAGAAGUACAAGAGAAGUGGUGUGUGUUUGUUGGGGGGGGAGGGGGCAAUUGGCUGUGUUGAGUACUAUUAAAAACUUACGUUUAGCAGGGAACCCCCCCUAACCACUCGUAACACAUCAGUGAAAAUCCGCAGAACUAAAGCCAGAACAUGAAUAACUUUCCAUGAGUUAUUUACUCUAAGAUUCCCUGGAUGAAAGACACAAGCUCAGUUUUGCUUUUUAAUUUAGUUCUGGUUCACUUGAACCUCUAGAGCCACUCUGGUAAGUGUUCUGGCCACAAAAAUUAACAUGUUUGGCCUUACCAUCAUGUUCUCAGAACGGAUGCUAGUGAGUUUUCAUGGUAUUUUUCCAAAGAAGAUUUUGUUUUCUAAAUAUCCUCUUAAUUAAUGUUGUGCAAUACAAAGCUGUUACAGUUUUCGUGAGCAAAAAUAUAUCUUUAUCCAGCAAUUAUGUGAAUAGACAUUGUCUGAAACAGUCUGAAUAUCAAACGAAGGCGGAAGUGAUUCGACAAGACUGUGACACAAUGCAGGCGAAAGUGAUUGGAUAUGACCGUUACACAAUGCAGGCGAAAGUGAUUGGAUAUGACUGUGACACAAUGCAGGCGAAAGUGAUUUGAUAUGAAUGUGACACAAUACAGGCGAAAGUGAUUGGAUAUGACUGUAACACAACGUAGGCGGAAGUGAUUUGAUAUGACGGUGACAUAAUGGAGGUGAAAGUGGUUGGAUAUGACCGUGACACAAUCUUCUCCUCAUAUAUUCUUGCAAGGUUAUUCGCCUGUCGUUCCCAACUUUACAGCUUUCUUUCUUUCUUUUCGAGUGAGUCGAUAACACCGAUCCUUGAACAACCAAACACACCUCAGUAGUGAGCCUUAGCGGGAAAGUGUUCGCUGUGAUUGUAUUUUGCAAAGGAAGUAAAUCGGAAUCUCUCUGAUCGUCCUCACCUGACAUUACGUCACAUCAUUAAGGGGUCUAUACGCUCACUCUAUCUCGUAACCCCCCUCUAAACAAUUAUUUAACUGUGAACUAUACCUCAGAAAAAUUAGAAGCUUCCCUUGAUAUCCACGAUUUCAGGUCCUUAAUUUUGAGAUUGGAACUAAGUAACACAAUGAGUGGCUUCUUUUCUUCCGGCUCCGAAUCAAAACCUCCAUCUCAUGGCAAAACUGAAGUCAAAUUGGAGAUUACUCCAGUUGAUUUUGGUCCCCUCAAUGCAAUUGAAGGAGAGCACCACAAAAACUUUCUUGGAGGACACUACUGGGUGACAACGCCGAAAGGUGAGUGCUUAGUUCUUCACCGAACAUAUGGUGGCCCUGCUAGAAGAUUCGGACAGUAUUGGACGGUAGAUGAACGCAGUGGAGGAAUUUGGGACAGAGUUGAUCUAGCUGUUCCCUAUUUCUGGAAUACAAUGGAGAAUAAUACGACCCUGAUUGUUCCCAAAGGAGUGUUAAUCUACGAAGGCUACUGUCAAGCUCAGGGUGGAUUGGUGGGUGGAGGAGCCCAAGUUUUUAUUCCGCACAGUGUCAUAGAAGCGUUACAGUAUUGGCAGACACAGAAGCGCGAGUCCGUCGUCAAGGGAAUUAAAGGACUGAUUGAGGCAGAUAUGAAAUGGCGGAGGGCUCAAAUGGAGAUCAUUAAGCAGUGGCAUCUAAAACUGUUGGAAACAGUUGCUUCCAACAUUAACGAAAAUGCGACAAGAGGCAGCCUCUUUAGUUCGCUUUCGGCCCCAAUUCAGAGGUUCUUUCGGAGCACGAAGAAUGGCAGUCAAUCGACAAGCACAGAUGAAAUUCAGCAAGGAACAUACAAGGUGCAUGAGCAGCAAUUAGAUUUGUGCAACGGCCGCCGUCUUACGGCAACUUUAUCUGUGAGGAUAGAGUUCGUGAAAUCAACCACACGCACCUAUAAGGCUGGAAACACCACUGUCGUGGAAACGACUCGCUAUUACAACAAAAUUUACACCUGGAGUUAGAAUGCAAAGUGAAAGAGACGCACGGUUUUUAUGCGAACUGCUUCUUUACUCAAGUAGUAUGUGAAUCAUUUACUUACAUUUUGAGCAUGGUUAAAAGAACUUGGACAUCAGGGGAUGAUGUUUACUGAAAUAGAGGAUGUGGUACAAUUUGAAUUUGUUACAAUUAGGUGACCACGUACUCUUAUAUGUGCCCUGUUUUGAGUAGACAGCCUCUUGAUAUUAAAAGGAGAGUGCUUGCAUUCUGUAUUUCCGAUUUGUGCCAAAAUCGUAAAAAUACAUUGCAGUGUGUUAUCAAGAGAGGAAGGUUAACAGCAAUACUGUAGUAGAUCAAGAAAUGUAGUAAUUUAGGAAUUAGAUACUAAAAGUAGAAGAACAUCAGUAAAGAGAUAAAGAUUCGGCGUUGACUAAUGUGCUUCUGUUUCUGACAAAGCGUUUUAACACCGCAACUAGUGAAAUCGAUUAUCGUCCGUUUUCUUUGAAAGCUUAAAUAUGUCGGAAAAUACCUUUGGUAACUUAUCUCUCUACGUCAGUGAUUCAUAAUGGUUUAGUUUUUAAUGUAAUAAGCCUUUAAAGUAAUCAGAGAACAUGUUAUCAAUGGUAAACAUUCUUCUAAUUCAGCACGAAUCAAUUCUGCACGUUAGUCCGCCGCUCUUAGCAGCUACUUAGAGUAUAUUUUCGUAGAUGUGUUUAAUUUAAGAGAUUUUCUGUAAAAGUCUAUGACAAAAAUAAAGAAAACAGAAAGUAUACCUGUUAAAAGAGGCUGCCCCACUUACUCUGAUUUUAACCAAACUGCACUUUACCGAAAAGUCUCUAACAGAGUGAGAAUACAUAUUCUACGUAUGUCGCCCUUAGUUUGAAAGUGGCUUUACAACCUUUUGACUUUGUCCUGUCCUGGUGUCCACCUUCUCCUACCAUAUCAAGUAGAGUACGCCCUCUGCUACCACCUAUUGAAACUACCCAAUUUGCAUUUGUAAAUUGAUGAUUAUGAGUCAAAGCAGCCUAUUUUCCCAUCAUAAGUCUUUUUGGCAGUAAACGCUAAACCCGCUAAGUACUUCUAGAGUCAGUACAUUAUUAAAUAACCAAGGGAAGUUUAAAAAGCUUUAUUAAUUUGUUCUACUUUUAGAGUAAAGAAGGAAAAUCUCAAGUGACUGUGACAAAAGUAAGCUCAAGUUCGGUCAAGAUUUGUUUGUUUGUUUGUUGUUAUUUUUUUUUUGUCGAAAUCCAAACUUUGAUAUGAUGUAAUAGUCCCAUAACAAAAUUAGAAAAUAAUAAUAAUAAUAAUGACAAAAGCAACGAUAUUACUAACUCUUUUCAUUCAUAAAACUUUCUUCGUGUCAAUUGCAGGUUUUGCCGUUGCCUGUUCAUUUGUUACCAGCUCGUGGAUUAGUAUUUUCUCCUGAAAGUUCAAAGUUGAUAUCUGCAACAAGUCAAGGUUCAGUUCAGGUGAAUUUAAAUGUGGACAAAGGAACUCGGGGAGGUUGUCAUAUUCUGAGCAUGUUUUUUUGUCAGUUUUUCCUUUAUAGCUUGGGUUUAUUAAAGAGGCGUUACGUGCAUUUGCAUUUGCAUGGUGCUCUUAGUUAGAGCUCCCAGUAUUGUUGCACUGUUAAAUCCGUUAAGGUCAUUGUUUCAAACACGGGUAUCUCAACAAGAUUCCAAUAUACUUGUAUAUAUAUAUAUAUAUUUUUUUUUUUUUUUCUUUUUCCUAUUGAAAUAUAUCAAGAUACGGUAGCAUAAUCUCAUUUUUUAUUUAACUUUCUUGUUACUCCGCUCCCAGAUUUUGGACCUGAGUGAAGAACCCUGCCUAAGUAACACAUUAAGCAUUGCUCAGCAUGGCAGAGGUAAUUGUACACUUAAGCUAUCUGUUCUUGCUUUUUAAUUAAUGAACAUUCCGGAACGUACAUUGGGCAUGAAAGAAAUUCGUACAGAUCCUUAGUUUGACCCGUAUAUUUUCAGGUGAACAUUCUCUUUUGAGCUGCUUGUUAUAUAUGUUAUGUCAUUUUAGUUAUUGUCUGCCUCUCAAAAUGUUCCUUUAAUUAGAUGAGAACUGAUGUUGUGCUUCGAAAUAUGUUUUCUCGUUACGGAUUUUUCUCCUGGGGUUUUCUCUUGUAUAGUUCUUAAUUCCUGUUUUGGUGGUAAAUCUUAAUUCGAAUUUACGAUUGAUUAUAUUUAAUUUUAACCUCCGUGUUCCAACAUGAAGUCCAUCAACAGAACCAAACUGCCUUUCUUACAACUCCAGUGAAUCACAAAUCUACUAAGGCGGCAUUAGAAGUAAACUUUAUGUAAACCGUGACUUUUUGAUAUGCAGGUUUAGCAGCCGUUAAUCUUGUGGCUGUCAGCAAUGACUUGCUCUGGUUAGCAUGUGCUGAUUAUAACAAUACUUUAACAGUGUUCAACUUGACGAAAAUGAAGGUAUGGAAUCUUACAUUGCGAAUAUUCAUUUGAAACUUCUUAUUUGUCUUUUAUUUUCCUCAGCAGUAUUAAUACUUGAAGACAACAUGGACGUAAAGUUAACUGGAAUAACUUGUAAUUUCUUAAAGAUUUUCACACUCACAAGUCCUCCGUAUAAAGAUUUUGUCAAAACUGAACAAGGCGUUUGCUUUUCUUGAUGCAUCAAACAAAUCUCUUCUUUUUUGUGCAGUGGGAAGAAGUAAUUUCUCUCGCCUUACCAUCGCAUUCUCUCCUGUCAAUUAGCUCGAUUGUUGCUGCCUGAAAAUUUUGUUUUACAUACAAGGUGUAGACAUAAAGAAUACUAUGUAUAACCAUUUGCUUCUAUUAGGGUGUUAUCAUUUGUCUCGUGUUGGGGUCAUUUCUGAUAUAAAUCUUAAUGUUGUAUUUAAAUUCUCGUGGGUAUGAUAAAUAGUGACAAAUUGAAGUGAAUGCACCUUCUUGAUUCACAUCACGCAUGGCUACAGGCUUGUUUGUCUUCUGUUAUCAACUUCCACUUCAUUCCGAAUCAAGUGAGUGUUUUCUAUUAAGUCGUAUGUACUUUACUAUAACGAACACUUACAUAAAAAUAAUAGCAUGGUUGGUACUUCACUUGUACAGAUGGUGUUAACCUAAUAUUAAAAAAAAAGUGAAACAGCGACAAUUUUUGAAAUAAGAUAAGCAGGAGUAUUCGUGGUUGGCACUUUGGUCUUUUGUUAAGUGGGCAUCUUUACGGAAUAUGCAGUGCUUUGUUAAUGAGAGAUAACUGUAAGCAUCAUAGGUGGCAACUCUUUUAAGACAUUUUUUCAUUUUAUUUUUAACAGUUAAAAUGUACUUUACCCCACUUGGAAUCUCGUGUGACUUCAUUAGCGUUCCAACCCCAAACAAACUAUCUUUCUGUGGUCUGCUGCAAUAACCAGGUGAGUAUUUGUUGGCCCUUGUACGUGUUUUUCCUUCAUUUGCCCGUUUUAGACAAAAGAUUGACGUACUAAGUGACUAACAAAUCGUCCUACACAUAGACAGACUAUCAGAGAGACCUAGCAACUGACCAGCAGAUAGACAGACCAACAGAAAGACUAUCAAAAAGACCUGCACUCCAAGACACAUUUGUUGGAACACCAUAUGCCUCCCUUGUUCCAUUAAUGUUGGUCUGUAAAGUGGCAUAGGAACAUUGGCGAUUAACAACAUUGGAAGGGAGAGAGGAGUGAAAGAACCUCACAGACGUUGUCUGUGAGAAGUGUGCCAACUAAUUAUGUCUGGGAGUGUACCAACUGACCAGCCGCUAGACAGACAACUUUUUAUUAAAUUAUUGCAUCAGUCAUGAAGUCAUCACCCAACAUUAAUUGCAGAGCAAGCAGAAUUUGUGUACUAUUUUUAUGUUUUAAACAUCAUCUGUUCUCCUGAAAUGUUCUGAAGCUUAUAGGAUUUUUAUUUUUCUCGAAGGUGUAUCUUUUCAAACCAUCCAGUGGAAAGUUAACCAAAUGGUCGAGACAAGCGCUAGAACAUGGGCUGCCUAGACAAUGGACUAGUCGACGAUCUCAAGUGAUAAACAUUCAAUUUAAUCCUUCAUGUCAUGAAGUUGUGCUGUUACAAGAUCACAAUAUGUUUACUCUUCUCGACCUUAGAGAGGUAUUUCCUCACUUCAUUCUUAUUUUGUAUUUGCUGACCAUGGAAAAUUUUUCUGUUGCCAUGUGUUUCAAGUUCCUUUUAAUGUUUCAUUUGUAGCCGUUACCGGAUACAGGAGUCUGUUUAUACGAGACCAAGUUAGUGCAACAGAAAAGAAAGCAGUCAACAUUUAGAGAUGACGCUGAACAAGAUACGAAACAGGCCGCCUUCAAAGUCUGUAGGAAAUAUUCGGUAAGUCGUCAAUUGUACAUUACUCUAAGGUCUCUUCACAUUUAUAGGAAAUUAUUUCUUCUCAGAAACGUGUUCGGGCUUUCUAGGACAGUGGAUGUGGUCAUUUUGGACUUGUUGUACAUAUCACUGUCCAAAAAAUUGCACUUCUAUUUCAAGUAAAAAACGGUAUCUUGACCUAUAUGUGUAGGAAAUUGCUCGAUUGCAUUAAUGUAUCGUGAUGGUCAGGCACCAGUUUUUUAAAUUUUUACAUAUUUGCAAUUUAAACACUUUUUAAACACAAAUCAUCACGAGUGGUCAUAAACCCCCAAAUUGACCAGCAUUCUAUGUAACUUUUUGUCACUAGAUUCUCCUUCUAACGCCACACAGUACAUCCUCUGUGCACAUUUCUCUAAACACUAAUUAACAACGCUCUGGAAAAUCGGAUCUUGAGUUUCCUUUGAUCGCUUUAUACAAUAAUUGUUACAGUAAAAAAGAAAAAAAUUUGGAAGGAACUUGUCAAGGGAUUUCUUUAUAGCACGCAUUUAAAUGAUUUUUACAUUUAUGGCUCACCAAUCAGGGACGAGAUAUAUUUUUGAGUAUUUUAUUCAUGCAUUAGUACUGUUUCCGUGUUUUUCAGCCUCUGCUCUUCGCAGGUUUCACAAAGGACAGUUCUUUAGUAGUUGUGGAAAGACCAUGGCAAGCCAUGGUGGAGAUGUUACCUCCCCCACUGUAUCGCAAGAAAUAUGGAACGUAAUCAAUGCUAAAUUGUCGUCACAUUGCUGUGGACUCAGUGCUCUUCCAAGUGCAAUACCAGGUCAAGUAUUAGCAGCACAUGGAGUCUCCAAGACAACGAGAAACCACAGUGCUUGAAACAACACCAAGAAAAUCAAAACAGAAGAGAAUUAUAUGAGACCCACAUAACACUUGACUACAUAAGAUUAUCGUGACUCUUAGAGACUAUUAAAUUAAGACUUGCAGGAAAUAAAUGAAAAUGAACGUGAGAAUAAAAGAGCAAAGGUACGAUGGCAAUGAACGGUCCAUAGUCGACCACAUAAUUUCAGUAAUCCACGAAAUACAACUGCUCUCUACCAAUAAAAAUCGUAAUUUGUCAUUAACAUCUUUGAAUCUGUACAAGAUACCGUGAUGGCGUACAGCACUAACGCUUUGUCUUCCCAUGAUGCUCUCUGUACUUUGACUGAAUAGUUCGUCGACCCUUUUAUUUGAAACACUCAGUUAAAAUGAAAAGAAAAAUAAAGUGUAAAGAAAGUUUAACGAACAGAGCAUUAAAAUGUAAAAAAAAAGACACAACUAACACAACAUAAUCACAAGGUACAUCGUUACAAGGUACAUCGUCUUCAGUAUAUUUUUAGGCAGAAUAAACGACGACUACACGUGCACGAGAAUAUUUUACAAACAAAUGCGGUGUAAAUUAUUGCGCAUUUAACUAGCUCCGGCGGCAGUUCUUUACCAAAACACAAAUUAAUGUAAAUUGGUAACGUGAGAAGUAGUUGUUUUAAUGUGGGUACGUAUCAUUGAUUUGUCUUCAGGUACGAAAACCGAUAUUUGAAGUAUGACAACGCACGUUCGACAACAGGC